AUGAAUACAUGUACAAGGUGCUUGCGCACCCCUCUGAAAGCGCCCUGGAAAGCGAUUCAAUCUACCUCGCUACCGAGAGAGGCGUUCUCUUCGAGAGGCUUCGUUUCGACGGUUUCGCGGUCAACUAAAAUACAGUCGCGAAGAAUCUCAACGGAUUCUUCCAAAAGCAGCGGUAACAAAUAUGGGAAUCGCACAAAACUAGCCUUUGCUUUAGCCGUGUCUGGCUUUACCACUACAGUCAUACUUCUCUAUGGUGGUCAUCGAGACGCUGUGCGGAUGGAUUGGCAGCCCAAACGAAAGCCUGCUGUUGACCCAACUCCUGCACCGAGUUCAGGCAAGCCAGUGCCCCCUGGUGAGUCGGGGAAACCAUUUCCAGUGAAAUCACCAGGGCCGACAUCUACUAGGCGAUCAAUUUCCUUCGUGCCCGCGGGUUACGGAGAAACUGACCUUUCACACUUAGAUCCCUAUACGGUCCUCGGGCACGAACCAAUAGACGUAUCAAAAUUUCCCGUAGAGGAUGCUAUACUUACAACAGCACCAAACGUUCCUCCACCAAUUACCCGAGACCACCCGGCCCUUCUUCGCGUCCCAUUAACCACGACCACCAAGCUGUCGCAGCUUACAAGCGUGUACAAAUAUGAUCAAUGGACAUUCAAUGAUUCAGUUCCGGGACCGUUUAUCCGAGCACGAGCAGGAGAUGUAAUAGAAUUGACGAUAACAAACAAGGACCCAUCUGGUAAUCCGCACAACAUCGAUUGCCACGCGUUUAUAGGUCCUGGUGGCGGCGCACCGUUGACAACCGUGGGGUUCAACGAGUCCAAAACUGCAAGGUUCCAGCUUCUUUACCCAGGGUUAUACGUGUACCAUUGUGCAGCGGCCCCAGUACCAGUCCACAUCGCGAAUGGAAUGUAUGGCAUGAUAUAUGUGCAGCCGGCUGAGGGUGACCUCCCGCCAGUGGAUAAGGAAUACUUUGUUCUACAAAGCGAGUUUUAUCAUGAACCUCCUGAAGUUGAAGACGAUGGACGCCCAUCAUCCAUCGUAGAGUUUUCGUACCCUAAUGCUUUACGAGAAGAGCCCAACGUCGUCGUGUUCAACGGCAGCGAGUCGGCCCUCACAAGAGAUAAACCCCUUACGGCGAACAUCAACGAAACCGUGCGCCUUUUUUUUGGCAAUGCAGGGCCAAAUCUGACCAGCUCGUUUCACGUUAUCGGCAGUAAUUUCAAAAAUGUUUAUCGCGAGGGCGAUGUGAUCAGCCCACCUGGCCAGUGUAUACAAACCGUCUCUGUACCCCCUGGCUCUGCUACUAUAGUUGAUAUGGAGAUGUCGGUCCCGGGGACUUAUGCGCUCGUGGAUCAUGCUAUUUUCCGUAUGGACAAAGGGGCGGUGGGAUACCUGAAUGUCUCCGGGGAACAGAGACCAGAUAUCUAUGGGAGCACACAGCCCCCAGCGCCUUGUGUUGGGUGUAAAUUACAUCCUUGA